AAAUAAGUGACAACAUGUCAAAUUUUAACUGGUCUUUGUGUACGAUAUAUUUAUUUAUUUUGAAUAAUAUCAAUGUUUAAUUUUAUAGACGAUUUUUAAGGUCACACUUAAGAAAACCAAGAUGUGGAGACAAAUUUUUAGUAUGAACUGAAGUUAUUUUAUGAUACCUGACUAAUGAUUUUAAAUUACAAGUGAUGUCAUAAUGGAAAACGAUGCAAUUGAGAAUGACACUGUUGACAAAGUGAAAUCUGAAAUAGCACCUGCAGAAACUGAUAAUGUAGAACAACCAGAAAAUGUAGGACAAACGGAAAAUGUAGAACAGACAGAAAACGCAGAGCAGCCAGAAAACGUUGAUGUGCCAGAAAAUUUAGACCAGCAAGAAAAUGUUGACCAGCCUGAAAAUGUACAGGAUGAACCAACCGAUGAGACUCAAGCAAUAGAAGGGGAAGAAAAUAAAGAAGAGAAAAAGGAAGAAAAACCUGAAGUAAUUGAGGAUGUUGUAGAAGAAGAGGAGCAAUUCGUUGAAGAACCACCACCGGAUCCCGCGGCGCCGUACAAUCUUACAGAUUCUACAGAAGCUCUCAAACCGCCCUUUGCACUUCGACAUGAUCAGUUAGCUGAAGUGGAACAGCUUUGGGAUGUUUAUCAAGAUUAUAACCCAGCCUAUACCGACAUAGACAAUUAUAUUACUGAAAAAGAAUUGAUUUACAUGCUAAAAGCUUUGCUUCUCAUGACUUAUACACCUGAACAGUUGCAAGAAUUAAUAGAUUUUUGUGUUAGACCCCCACAUCCAGAUGGUCAUAUCACGUUCGAACAAUUUGUCAAAAUAGUUACAAUAAGGCAAAGAGCUAUUCCCAUUGAGGAAGAAUUAAGAUUAGCUUUACAAUCUCUCGAUCCGAAUAAAACAGGUUUGAUUGAUAGAGAAUUUUUCAAGGAGUUACUUUCGAAACAAGGUCACAAAUUACCGCCGAAAAUGUUGGAAAACCUUAUAAAAGAGGUCGAUCUUAGCAAUGAUGGUACUAUUGGCAUUGAAGAUGUGGUUGGGACAUUAGGUAUUGAUUUGAAUAAAGAUGAUAUUGCAAUGUUGAGGGCAGCAGUGUUCCCCGACGAAAAUCCGCCUAAGGAGGAAGAAGAAUUUUAAUUACUUAUAAAUUGCCAAUGUAUAUAUAUAUCAUUUAAAAUGUUUGUAAAAUAGUUGCAAGUUUUCUUUACGUGCUUGAUUGUUACUUUUAUGUUGUGGUUAUAAUAAAUAGUCCAUCUUUUUCAA